UACAGAAUUGACGGCAGCCAGCAAUGGUGUUCUCAUGGCGCUGAAGUGGUAACACUUGCGAUCGAUGACACACUUUCGCGUCAUUGCAGUCCAGGAUAAAAACGCAAAUGUCUUCAUUCCUAAAGCCAGGUUCUAAACAACACAGAGAGCCUCUUUUGGAAGUUUGUUAACUCAGUCGUUUGGAGUGACAGCCGUUUCUUGAACAUUUUCCAAUAGUAGGAUGAGUGGAAAGGAACGUAUGGUUUCACCAUGUGGAUCACCGUAGGAGUUGCUUCCUUGGCAAGCUUUAUAUUAUUCGCAGGGCUGGUCCAGAGCGCAAAACAGAUAUCCAAUGAAAUCUUGCUCAAGAAACGACUUCUCAGAGGUUACGACACUUCAAGUCGGCCAGUCCAAAAUGAUUCAACAUGCAUCAACGUUACUAUAGCAACAUCUUUGUACCACAUCUUAGAAACUAAUGAACGGCAUCAGACACUGCAAGCUCUGCUGUCAAUCCGAUUGCGGUGGGUGGAUGAGUACUGGAAAUGGAACGAGACAAAAUACGGCGGAGUAAAAACUAUUUGGGUACCAGCCAAGAGUAUAUGGGUACCGGAUCUUGUGAUAAAAAACUAUGCUGCCGAGUCGUACCAGCCCUUCAUGAACACCAAUGCUGUCAUCCAGAGCAAUGGGAAGGUCCUGUGGAUGUUUCCUAUGGUUGUCAAGGUCUACUGCUCCCUCGACGUCAAGUUCUUCCCCUUCGACGACCAACACUGUAAAAUAGAAUUCAUAUCAUGGACGUACAGCGGAUUUGAAGUGAACAUGCUAUACGAUCCUGCUGAUAAGAAUGUCGUUUAUUACAAGCCAGAAAACCAACAGUGGUCUGUUCAAAACAUUUCCGUAAAAAGGAGAGUUGCGUACUACGCCUGCUGCGCGGAGCCUUACCCGGAUGUGACGUUCACUAUACACAUGCGCAGACGGAGUUUGUUUUACGUGAUAAAUUUGAUAUGUCCAUGCUUGCUGAUUUAUAUGAUUUCGUUCCUGGCGUUUUUUCUGCCUGUGGAAUCGGGUGAAAAGGUGAACUUGGAGAUAACGGUGCUACUAGCUCUUGUGGUGUUCCUACUCAUGGUGGGUGAGAUUAUGCCUCCAACCCCUGAUGCAAUACCCGUUGUAGGGAUGCUUGUAGGAACCACCAUGGUGAUGGUGUCGAUGGCCCUCAUCAUGUCUGUCAUUGUGACCAAUGUUUACUUUAAAAAGGACGGCCAACAGAAUGUUCCCAAGUUCCUCCGCAAAGUCUUCCUGCGUCCGAUGCCCUGGAAAAGGUGGUGGCGAGACCGCCGAAAGAAAAAGGCGAAUCGGCGGCGCUACGAAGUGAGUCGCAGCGCGAAUAUCGGAAAUAUGGGGGAGCUAGAAUUUCAGGACUUAGCCGCUACGAAGGAGGGUGAUACGUUCAUUUAUCAUUGUGACAGUAUGAAUGGACAGCUUUCGAGUUGCACACAUGAGGCACAGAAAAAGAACACUCCAGAGGAAUGGCAGAAAGUUGCAAAUAACAUGGACACGUGUUUCUUUUGGACUUUUACUGUGAUUAGCGUGGCGACUCUGGGAUUUAUAUUCUUCAGCAUUGAGCCGCUGAUGGAGCAUGGUAUAUCUUGAUCAGCACCAGGUGUAACAACGUGAGAGUUUGUUGUGCACCUGAUGAAAUGAAACAAAAAAAUGACACGGGCACCCAAAGUUUUGUAUUCUCAGAAUUCUAUUGUAAAUAUGGUCAGUACAGCUAAAACACACAUCAUGUGAUAUGGAUGUCAUUUUAGGAAAUUAACUUAGGACGCUUGAAACAAUUUGUGCAAACUCGUGAUUUUGAUACAACUCUGUAAAUAUCUGUGUGCCCCAAUUUUAACUAUUUUGCCAUCGUGAGAGGAGGUACCACAGGGUAUUGAUUGAUUGAUUAAUUGAUUGAGUUGAAAAUGUCUACUCACGAGGCCUGACUGUCUCUCUAUGUAUAAGAAGAAAGGGAAUGACUCUCUGUCAAUUCUCCAUUAGUUUGACAAGGGCAAACUUGUUCAGAGGACGGUUUUGAUUGGUUGAUAUGGAUAAACAACUCAAUCUGACCAAUCGAAAGACAGUUUUCGUACUGCUUUGGAAGCUGUACAUGUGCAGAUGGGGGAGAUCCGUUGUAAUUGUCCGGAGGAAUAUGCAUGGAGGGUCACCAUUUUUUGUUUUAUAAAGAGACUAGGCCUAGGCCGUGAUGAGUAGGCCGUUUAAACUCAACCAUUCACAAGACCCUGUGGAGGGAUCAUGAAGCUGUAAUCGGUUGUGUACGUGACAUAAAAAAGUUCUUCCAUCACGGCGAGUUGUGACCGUUGUAUCAUAAAUACGUAGUCAGUUAUAGAAUUGUCAAUAUCUUUUCAAAGCUGGUGGGAUUUUUACAAAGUAGAUAGCGCAAUAUGUGGAUGGAAAUGGCUCAUAAAUUUAACAGGUGUUAUUCAGUAGCCUAGAUUAUAGUAGUGUAUAAAGUACAGUAAAAAAUAGAAGUAGCCGACUGACAGCCUCUAUUGGAUUAACCCACUAUCUGACAUCAUCAUAUUUACCGGUUUACUGCUGAUCAUGAUUCACAUACAAGUAUAGAUUGUAAAACGUGUAUAGUUACAUCGCUUUAUCUUCACUGUCACUCAUAACGAUGGAUUGUCUCUGAGUGGGUCCACAACGUUUCUCCUUGGUUUCUUAAUGGCGUCUCAGGUGGAAUGAUGUAUGAGUGUAUAUGCAGGAAAGCCAAUCAUCAUGUUUAACUCACUGAUGACCGCAUUUGUAUAUAUAAUUUUCAUACACGUUCACAUGUAUCAAUAAACUAUGGUCUGGGUGUCAAUAUAACACUGUAUAAUUGGUCGAAUUCACAUGGGAAUGGUUCCUUCAUUUUGAAAGUGUAAUGAGAGAGAAGUAACGUUCAUGUAAAUGUCCUUGAUUCCUAUUGUACACAUCAUUUGUAGUUUCAGAACAAAAUAUUAAU